AUGGCUCGAUUCCAGUUUACACUCGCCGCGAUGCUAGCUCUUGCUGCCAACCGUGCAAGCGCCUUCACCAUCGGUUCCCCCUCUGGUCUAGCUGCCGGCACUACAGGUGGAGCGGGCGGUGAGACCGUGUACCCGACCUCUCCCAGUGAGCUGGUGGCGUACCUGAAUGACACUGAGCCGCUGGUCAUUGUCCUUAACCAAACGAUCGACUUUCGCGGUACUGAGGGUACGACCACCGAAAUGGGCUGUCGACCAGGCCACAAACGCGCAUGCUUGGCCAAGAACAACGGUUUCAACGACCAGGAUGUCAUUCUGGGCCCCGGUGGCUUGAACAACACGGGCGGCUGCACGAACGGUACGGAGAUUGAGGUGACGUACGACAACGCUGCCAUUAAGCGUAUGAGCGUCAAGGGUAACAAGACCAUCCGUGGUAUUGGCAAGAGCGGUGUCAUUAUGGGCAAGGGUCUGACGCUAAACGGGGACAACAUUAUCGUGCAGAACAUCCACAUUACAGAGCUGAACCCGCACGCAACCACGACGCUGAACAAGAUCUGGAUCGACCACGUCAAGGUGUCUCACGUCGGCCGUCAAAUGGUCGUCACGAACAAGGCUGGUGUUGCCACCUUGACGAUCAGUAAUUCGGACUUUGACGGAAACACGGAAUACUCUGCGACGUGUGACGGACACCACUACUGGACCUUCUUGUUCUACGGCAAGAACACCGGCGUCAGUAUGCUUAACAACUAUGUGCACGGCACCUCGGGUCGCUCUCCUAAGGUUGGCGGCAACCCGAACGAGCACGUCGUUGUCCACGUGGCUAACAACCAAUGGGGCAACAACUCUGGCCACUCGUUCGAGCUCGGUGUUAACGCAUACGUGCUCGCUGAGGGCAACUACUUCGACAACACCAAGCAGCCUCUCGACAAGGGCGAGGACGGACUCCUGUACGCUGUGGAUGAUGCUGACGUGUGCUCCAAAUACCUGGGUCGUCAGUGUGCGGCAAACGUUCUGGUGGGCAGCGGCAACUUCACAUCUCGCAACGGCCCUGCCGCUCUUGAAGGUUCGAGUGACUCGGAGCAGGAGCAGACGCAGCAGUACACGCCAGGCACUGCCGCACCAUCUGGCGAGGUGACUCAAUCAUCGAUCCACUUGGCCAAGGUGUGGGCCGAGACCACCGAUAACUUCGGCGUCGGCAAGCUCAACUAA